UUAGAGAGAGAGAGCGUCGUUGGAAUGGAGUCGAACAAUCCAUGGUAAGGAGGUGAGGAAUCGACCUUUAUUAUCUUCCUUUUUUCUUUGUUAUCUUUAAAUUAAGUGUACGGUUUAUAUAGGCGGUGGUUGUUCUAAUUUUGUAGAUCGAGGUGUGUUCUUGUUCUCUAGAUUUGUUGUGUGUGUGUGUGUUUUUUUUCCUGGAUCUGGUGGUUGAAAACUUGGGAGAACUCUCUUGUCUGGGAGAUGAAAUUACGGUUUUUGGUUCAGAGGUAGUUAAAGGCCUAGUUUGCACUGAUUGCAGAAGCAAGAUUGUUGUUGUUGGAGACUGGAAAUAAGGAAUUAGGGCUUUAAAACCCUAAUAUAUGUGUAUGGCUUCGGGGGCAGUAGUUUUGGAAGGAAAAGAUGGUGAAAGAGAGAAACAGAGGUACAGCGAGACCAAGGUUUAUACCAGGAAAGUGUUUAAGGGUUCCAAGAAAGACAAUCUUCUCAAUUCCACCGUCAACGAUAUUAACCCCGGCCACGACAACAGUAAUAACAAUAACAUCUACAUCGGUGCUGCGAAGGACACUGCUGUCACCACAACAGCUGCUGACCCUAUCGGCAAGGGCAACAGCGAUGACAAUAAUGGCAACCUAUCUGUUCAGAUACCUGCUGAACCUCUUCCUUUGGAGUUUGGAGAUUCAGCUCAGCAACAGCUUGGUUCGUGCAUGGAUACUGCUGUGUCUGAUGACUGUUCAAGUCUUAAAAUGCAGUCGGCUGUGGCUGGAGCUGGAGCGGUGAAGACCGGUUCAGAGAACCAGGUGAAGAUCAGUUUGGCUUCAAGGUCAAAGCAGGAGGUGGUGGGACUGAGGAGGAAGUUGAUGAGUGAGCUUGAUUUGGUGAGGAAUUUGGUGAAGAGGAUUGAAGCCAAGGAACAGGAAAUAAGUGAGUUUGGUAAUUCCCUUGUUCCUUUGAAUAAUGCCGUUGAUUAUGGUUUCAAUAGGGGUGAACCAGAGGUGGCUUCAGUUGGCAUUUUGAAGGAGCCUGUUAAGAAAACAAGGCCUUUGAAUCAGUUGAAUAUUUCUUCCUUGAAGAAUAGUCAGGGCGCAAUUGAAAAUACGGAGAAGGAGAAGAGAACACCCAAGGCAAAUCAGUCUUAUCGAAGUUCUGAGUUUUUGCUUGCUAAUGAUAAGUUUCCGCCAGCUGAUAGUAACAAGAAGUUGAGAUUAUAUGGGAAAAAGCAAGGUGGAGGUGAAUUCACAAAUGGAUUUUUCAUGGGUAACAAGUUCUUUAAGAGAUGUAGUUCUUUGCUUGAAAGACUAAUGAAGCACAAGCAUGGUUGGGUCUUUAAUAAUCCUGUUGAUGUCGAAGGUUUGGGUUUGCAUGAUUAUUAUAGUGUCAUUAAACAUCCCAUGGAUUUGGGCACUGUGAAAUCGAGGCUUGGUAAGAACUGGUACAAGUCACCUAGAGAGUUUGCAGAGGAUGUCAGACUGACAUUUCAGAAUGCUAUGACAUAUAAUCCUAAGGGACAAGAUGUUAAUGUAAUGGCAGAACAGUUAUCAAAAAUAUUUGAGGGUAAAUGGGCAUCUAUAGAGGCAGAUUAUAUUCGAGAUAUGAGGCUUGCAAUAGAAUAUGAAGUGAGUCUUCGUAUGCCAGCACCAAGAAAGGCACAUUCAAUGCUACCACCUCCAAUUGAUACGAGAAGGAUAUUGGAUAGAUCGAUGACAUUCCCUGUUAAUCCAUCACCAAAACUAAUAGCUACUACUCCUUUGGGUUGGACUCCAGCCCCAAAAAAGCCUAAGGCAAAGGAUCCUUAUAAAAGGGAUAUGACUUAUGAGGAGAAGCAGAAGCUUAGCACUAACCUUCAGAGUUUGCCUAUAGAGAAGCUGGAUAACAUUGUACAGAUUAUCAAGAAAAGGAAUGCAGCUGUCCUUCAACAUGAUGAUGAAAUUGAAGUAGACAUUGAUAGUGUGGAUUCUGAGACUCUUUGGGAGCUAGAUAGAUUUAUUACCAACUACAAGAAAAGUUUGAGCAAAAACAAGAGAAAGGCUGAACUUUUCAUUCAAGCCAGAGCAGAAGCCGACCAGAGUGUACCCGAAAAAUUGCAGACCGUAGCUCCUGUUUCGGUGGAAGUGCCCAAGGAAACUACAAGAAAUGAGCAGAAUGUGUCCAUAUCACUUGCUGAAGGAAAACAGGGUGAUACUGCUAGUAGGUCAAGUAGUUCUAUCAGUGAUUCUGGGUCUUCUUCAAGUGACUCUGAUAGUGAAAGUUCCUCGGCAUCUGGAUCUGAUGCUGGACAUUCACCUGGAUCUUGAGCCCAUUGAGGUAUGCUGAAAUGUUCAUGUGUGUUAUAGGCACUCAUCAUUUGAUUUCUUCAAAGUUGCUUAUUUUAAAAUUACCUGUAUGGCUGUAAAACCAUUUACAGUUUUAUUUUUGUUGUGCUUCUUUCGAGUACUGUGAUUGCUGUUUAGUGAUGAUGUAAAUUGUGGUAAAAAUUCUGUCUUGUAGUCUCAGUAUUCACCAAGUGAGCGCAUGAUAACUUCUGUUAAAAUUUGGCUUUGUAAACAAUUCUGGAUUUGCAACUUCAGGGAAAAUUUGGAUUGAAAGAUCUAUUUAUGUUAUAAUUGAAAUAAGUGCUAAUUGUAACAAAUCAAAAGAUAGACUUAUGUUACAAUAUAAGCUCAUAUUUGGAUUGAAAGGUUGAUUUAUGUUGUGGUUUAUUUAGUUGUAGCUUAAAGAUGAGGGGUUUAUACAAGUACA